GGCCAGCGCGCAACGCACAGCGCAACGGCCAAUUCAAAAUCAAAUUCGAAAUUCAAAUCUCAAUUUUCGUUUUCUUCUUUUUAAUUUUUUAAUCCGUACCAUAGACAAAGGAAUGUAAAGGCUGGUACAUAUUGCGGUAUUUCGUGCUUGAAACUGGUUUGCGGUCAGUGUAUUUGCGGAUGAGAAUGAACUUUUUGUAGGAAUUACAAGUGAAUUCAUACUGAGAUGGGGCGCCUGAAGAUACUGGUGUUUUCAGCGGUCGCCUUGACGUAUCUUCUGCAAGCGUCAAACGCAGGAGAAACCGUCCUCUCCACAGUUCUAACACCUACAAACGCCGAGGUCCUGAGCCGUCAAGGGCGGAGUUACUACGAUGACCGGUACGCCCUCGGGCGACCUUACGACCGGCCGUACGAUCGGCUAGAGUACGACCGACCGGCACGCUGCGGUCGCUGCGAUGACCGAUACGAUGACGAUUACGACCGCUCACGUGACCGCUACGACGACGAUCGGCGUGGACACAGACCCUCCAAUCGCUUCGACAAGAACAAGAACUACGACGAUGAUGAUGACAGAAAAUUCGGGUCAGACAGAAGAAAAACUAAUGGCACAGAGGAUACCGAUGAUGACGGUAAAAAGAGACCGUAUGAUGACGAAAAGAGGCCAAGUGGCGGUAGGAGAGACCGUGACAGAGAUCGUGAUAGGAAUCGCUACGAUGACAGGGACCGAUAUCGGCCGGACUAUUACGAUCGGUUCCUAAGAGACCCUUACCGAGAAAGAGAACGGCCGUAUUACGAUGACCCUUACAGACGACCGUCGCAUGAAAGGUACCCCUACCAGGAGAGGUACGAUGAUGGGUACGGAGGAGGGUACGGCAGUGGGUACAGCGGGGGGUAUAGAAGGCCUGUGGCAGGGUACGACGAGCGAUAUGACAGAGGCAACGGAUAUGACGACAUUUAUGGGGGUUAUGGACCUAGCGCUGGCAGAGGACCGCACGAUAGUUUCAGGCCCUGGGACGAGACUUACCGCGGCCAGGCUGGGUGGGAUGCGGGCGGCAGGGGCUACUACUUCGCCUCGGGAAGACCGGACGCUGGCGCCGCGGCUGCGUGGGGUAGACCGCAGCACAACAGCAGACCGGAAGUGAGCAGCGGUUGGCAGAACGUCUAUCGCGAUCCCUACGGCAGCAGUGGCGGCGGCUACGCACCAGAUACCGGCUAUGGCGGCUACCGACAGGACUUAGGGGCUAGCUAUGGCCGGCCUAGCGGCUGGCAUAGUGUCAGCGCGCGGCCUUAUAGGGACCAGAGCGGAGUAAACUCCUUAGACACCAGACCAAGCCACCAGCCACCCCGCACCCAAUCCAGCGCGUACGGCCAAGACAACCGCGGCCAAUCCUACGCCCAAGACAACCGCGGCCAAUCCUACGCCCAAGACAACCGCGGCCAGUCCUACGGCCAGGCCAACUAUGGCCAAGCCAGUUACGGCCAGCCCACGACUGGGAGCAGUAGCACCACGCCGGGGACCAGUUACUUGUACCAGCGGGAAGACGAACAAGUUACGACGAAAAAUGUUGAUGACACCACUAAGACGCCAUCUUAAAUGUGCAGAUUUAAAAAUGCCCUUUUAUGAAGCAUAUACCUAAGGCCUGAUUUAGACGGCGUGCGAACUGACAUGCGAUUUUAGUUACAUUGCGGGCUGUUGAGGUUACAUACAAGUUUGCACAGCCAUCAAAUACCGCAAUGUAAUAAAACUCGUAUGCGAGUUCUCGUGCGUCUAAAUGGGCCUUUUCAACAUUUCUAAUAUUUAAUUUUUUUAGAGAUUGUGUAGGUAUCGGUGGCGUGUAGGUAUCGAAACAACUCGAUUCCCUACGGGUUCCCUAACAUUCAGUAUCUGUAGAAGUCCAUACAAAAGAGAUCCAAAACCCAUCCGGCUUUGCCAACGAAAAUUUUCACACCACGCCAUUAGUAGGUAUAUAUUAUUAAUAUUUUAUAUUCGUUUAGGAAUACUGUUUAAAGCUCAACCAUCACAUGGCGAAUAAUGUGGAAAAUUAUUUAACAGAUUAAUAGAGUGGGAGACAUUUCAUAAAUUCGAAAAAUUACUUGAAUUUAUGAAACCGAAUCCACCUUGAAUUAGAGAUAGACUAAGAUAUAAGAAAGUAAAAGAAAAAGUAUUUUAAAUAAAAUUUAGUUAAGGAUUUAUUGUAUGAGACUCAAUUAAGGAACAAAUGUAUUAUGUGCUCAUAUCAACUGCCUCUCUACUUCUUUAAUGUAGGUACUCAGGUACAGCAAGCUGUAAAAUUGCAUGGUCAUCCAAUUUUGCGCCUGGGUACAAUAUAUUUUAAGAACUUAAAUAGAUUAUUCUAUGGCACUUUCUUACCAAGGUACAGAGCCGAAUGGCACAAACGCUCACGAAACGAAACGCUCGUAGAUUAUCUAUCUAUAUCGCUCUUGCGUAUUGGCGCGAGCCCGACUACCUUUCGCGGCGUUUCGUUUUCCAUUGUCAAUGCUAUUCGGCUAUGGCACCGUUCUGAAGUAAAUUAUGUGUAAUUAUAAUUAUUUAAGUAGGUAUGUAUCUUUUAAAUAAGUCAUUUGAUAAUAAUAAACGUUAAA